AUCUUAAUUUCUUUCUGCCUUGUUUGUUUUUUUCUUUCCAUGAAAAUGAGCUUCGUUUUAGUGUUGAUAAUGGAAGCAUUGCUGUUAAAACUUAUUCUGGAGCUCAAAAUUUAAGGCUUCUUUCUUUGCUGAUGGAUUUGGAAAAAGAAAAUCGAAGAGUCGAUGGUUCAUCAAAUGGAGACAAUUUUCAAAAUAUAACGCCAAUACAAGCAGCGCUACUCAACAGCUUAGAAACCGUCCUUAUCAACUCGGUCAUACAAGACGACAGAACUCGCUUCUUAACUCACUCGCGUCAACUCGUCGACGACUUAGAUGAUGAUCCCUUGAACCGAAGAAGCGUGGUAUUGAAGCUUCUCCUUAUCUGUUGUUACUUCGACGCUAUCGAAUGCGCCACGUCACUGUUCAACGGCGAAGUGGAAACCGAUUUUCUCCCGUUGGUGAACGAAGUGGACACGGCGACGGAAAUGACGGCGUUGCAGGCGGCGGCGGAGGCUCACUCUGUGCGUUGUUUAGAGUUGCUGCUAAAGAAACGUGCCCGUACAGAGGUGAAGAGUAAAGAUGGACGAAGUCUGCUUGCUCUGGAGAUGGCUUUGUCUAGUAGCAGGAUGGAUGUGAUAUGGAAUCCGGAUGAUUACUCUGUUGAGGACUUGGUGGUUCUUCUUAGUGAAAAGGAUUUGACUGCGGUGAAACUUUUGAGUGAAAGAACAAAAGCAAUAGGCAAGGUGGCGUAUUCAGCUGCCAUUGGAGGCAAAAUAGUAGCUUUAGCAGCGCUUCUCAUCGUAGCGGCGGAGAAAGUUAAUGACUCCGUCGUAGUACCAUGCGACGCUUAUUCGGGUUCAAAAGAAAAAGACACCGUUUACCAGUGCGUGAUCCGGGAAGCAUUAUCGUCAGGCCGCCGUGAUAAGUCGCCGUCGAGAACAGCUAAAAAGAACUGUUUGUCCCCAACCAAAGUCGCACCCGAUAUGAAACGAAAGCUUUUGCUUUGCGAGAUUGAGUUGCUUCAGCUGUUUGGAGCCGAUUCUCAUAACAGUGGUGGAGACAAGAAGAUGACUUCAUCCUUAAUCCUUGCUAUCAAGGCCCGAGAUGAAGCUGUUAUUGAGCUGCUUCUAAAGACCAACAUGGACGUAAAUGAUGCUGAUUCUGAAGGAAACUCAGCUCUGCAUUGGUCACUUAGAAUGUCCUGGGGUUCAUCUUCACAGCAACUUAAAAUCUUAUGGCUCCUUUUGAAGCACGGUGCCCGAGUAAACCAAAAGGACAAACUAGAAUUAACUUCAUUUCACAUUGCUGCUGCCAAUGGGAAUACACAGGCACUCCAGGUACUUCUACUAGAAGAUCCAGAUGGAAUCCACUACAGAACUAUAAUGAAAGAAACCCCAUUGUUUUUUGCUGUGAAGAAUGAUCAUAUUGGAUGUGCUGAGCUUCUUCAGCGUUGGGGAGCAAGCAAUGAAGUCCUCAACUUACGUAGAGAGAGGCCGAUUGACCUGGCAAAGUCACAGGACAUGCGUUUCAUACUAAACAAAACUUAUAUUACUCUUAUGCAUCGUAAUUCACCGGUUGAGCAGAAAUAUACUCCUCGUUUCCAAGGGGAUGAAGUUAUUUUUGAUACAUGUGAAACUCUUCUUACAAUGGCAGAUGAAGGAAGCUAUACUGAAAGAACCAACACAAAUGUAAAAACAGAGAUCUGUAAGUACUUCGAAUCUGGAGGAUGUGUGAGAGGGUCUAAGUGCUUUUAUGCUCAUGGUAAAGAGGAGCUUCGACAGGCAAAACAUGGAAUGCAUCUCGUUAAUUCUCCUGCUGCAGAGAAACUGAAGCGGAAAAUUUUUGUUGGCGGCCUGCAUCCUCUGUUGGAUUCGGAGUCAUUGAGCAAGUUUUUCCAAGAUGAAUUUGGGUCUGUGGAAGAUGCCCAUGUUGUUAGUAUUAAAACAGGUGAUGAAUUACAGUCUCGUGGCUUCGGCUUUGUUACUUUUAAGCACGAAAAGUCUGUUUCGAAGGCUGUUCAAGCACAUUACGUAACUAUGAUGGGCAAGCAAGUUGAAAUCAAAAGUGCAGUUGGGAGAUGGGAUGAGUCCUUGAAGCUAUUGACUCAGCAACAUCCAAAGGAUCCGAAUGACCAACAUCAACCACCAGUUGAGUCAUCCAUUGAAAUGACUGCAGACGAGAUGCCAAGAAGGAAGGCCUUGGAAGAGACUAAAGCUGAUAAAAUCUCAUGGGUGAAUAAAUUACUCCAUGGCCAACCGAAGACGUAUUCUGAAUCUCAAGUUCUCACUAGCCCCAUUGCUUCCAACCAAAAUAUUCCAGUAUGGCUGAGAACUUUUAAGAAGUGGCUUCCCGGUUUCUUACAAGAGGUAUCAAAAAAACUGAAGGAAGGCGAAUACCCUCUGUCGUCAUUAAAGGCGGAUUUCAGGGCUGCAUUCGGCUUAGAACUGGACCAUGUUUCUCUUGGCUACACUAAGCUCAGUGAUUUUAUGAGAUCUUUUCCUGAUCUUUGUUGCAUGAAGGUUAUGCCAUUAGGAGGAUGUGGAUCUCCCAAUCACAUGGUGCUCAUUCCUUCCCCUCCUAGGCCUGAUUGGAAAUCACUUCAGCCUCUCAACAUGCACUGCUGCCCACCGUCUUGUACCGCACCACCUCAUGAAAAUACUGAUACUGAUCCUAGGAAUCUCAAGCAUCCUCCGGAUCUUCUCUCGAAUUCUUGUGAAGAUAUUAGCAUCAGCAGCAGCCAGGUUGAUCCAUGUAAAAACUCCAAUUUUCUGCAAUUCUUGAAGUCAGACAAAGGAGGAACUCAGUGUCGGGGGUUCAAUGAGCGGAAACUUGGUCAUACAGGGAGGCAUUUGGUUCUUGAAGCCCUUCUAAGAAAACGGAACAAUUCAUCCAUAUUCUUUCUUCGCCAAUUCGAUUUCUAUCACAAUUACAAGGCAAGUGUUAAGCAAGGAAAAUGCUUUUGGUGCAACCAAUCAAAGUUGUUAUGGGCAAACUUUCCAUGUCAACACUUGUUGUGGUGCGGCGAAUGUAAAACAGAAGCUGCACGAGCAGCUGGUGAUUCCGAUCAUCGAUGCGUCGUAUGCGAUGCAAAAGUACAAACAUUCAUCUUACCUACAUUGGAUAGAUACCCUCAGUCAUUACAUGGAAAGUCCCUCAAAACCAAGGAAUUUCCUCCUUUCGAUCCGUCUUGUAUUCCAAAAAAUUUUGGCAUCUCUUUCUGCUUGUCUUGAAUCAAAGAAUGAGAUGGUCGUUGUUGGGAUUAUAAAUUGACAAACUGAUAUCAAUGCAUCCAAUUGUGGACUAUCUUAUCUGAAUUUUUGUUAUUA